GCAAUAUCCACACUUUUCAUAUGGAGUAUGAUCCUCAUAGUAGAUUAUGAAGACUACCUAAGUGCUUUGUCCGUGAGUUUGGUGACUUGAUUGGUGACAAGGUCAUUCUGCAGGACCCUAAUCAUAAUGAAAUCCAAGUUAGUGUUUUGAAAACAACUUCUAAUGACAUGUUUUUCGAGCAAGGAUGGUUGGUCCUUAGGGAUUUCUAUGACAUAUGGUUUGGAGGUUGGCUUAGUUUUACCUACAUUAAUUCCAAUCUUUUGUCUAUAAGCCUUACAACAAGAUGGGGUAUUGAUGUAAGGUAUCCUUUACAUUAUCCUCGAAAAAGGAUUAUGCUGGCUAACACCAUUGUAGGUGCUAGUGCUAGGACAUCUGCACCUCACUCAUCUCCCCCAAGUGGCCCUGUACUGUCAAGUCCAUUCCUCCGUUCUUACCUUAAGAAAUUAACAUUAUAUGAUGUUAAGUCUGGUAUUUUGGUGCUGCCUUGGUAUGGCUUUGGUGAAUUUGCCUUCGCAUUUACUUUCAGUGAAGUGGUGUUGGUCGAUCACACCAGACGUUGCUAUCCAUGUCGCGUGCAGUUUAGUGUGGAUUCUAAUGGUGAACUAGCUUGCAAAGUCACUGGUUGUUGGAUGAAUUUCUGCAAGAAACAUCAUCUGAAAGAGGGUGACAAAAUUCGUUUUGCUAUUAACGAACCUACUCGGAAUCAUGUCGUGUAUGUGUGUGUCUAUCCUCAGAUUGGAAUUGAAACCACUCUCAGUUAUCCUCUCAGUGAUGGCUCAUAUUUGCCCCUUUAUGUUUCUCAGCAGUAUUUUGUGGUCUUCCCUUGAGUUAUGGAUGUCUGUUUUUGUUUUUUUUUAUUCUCAUGAAUGGGUCAGACUAUGUAGUCCUUGAAUGUUGUAUGAAUCUUUCAA